AUAUUGAAUAUUAUUAUUGUUAUUGAAUUAGGACCACUUUCAAAUACACAAAUACUUAAAAAUGAAACAACAACAAACAAAGAUAAACUAUCUAUUUCUAAUACUCUAACUAAACUACAGGAUCAACUAGAAAAAAACAAAGAAGAGAUCUAUGUCACACUAUUAAUCACACAACAAGAAGAUAUUACACCAACUCUAACUACUCUUAGAGAAUACUUUACUAUAUCUCAUAUCCCAGAAUACUUACUCAACUUACCACCUCUUCUAGAACUAACCUAG